CCCACCCACAGUCAGGCGGUGCUGGGGUCUGGAGCGCAGCGCGCAGCUCAGGGAGCGGCUUCUGCCAUGACUUAAAACAAGCUCCAAGUUGGUACGUUUCUGCUCCCGGCCAGCUGUUCACAUCUGCAGCGGAGAUGGAGUACUGGAGGCAGUGUGCGGUGUGGCUGAUCGGCUGCAACGUGCUGCCGGCGAACCACCGCGUCACGGCGGACACGGCGCAGGUGUUCGACCUGGCGCAGACCCUGCGGGACGGGGUCCUGCUGUGCCAGCUGCUCAACAACCUGCGACCCGACACCAUCAACCUGAAGGAGAUCAACCUCAGGCCGCAGAUGUCACAGUUCUUGUGCUUGAAGAACAUUAGAACUUUUCUGAAUUGUUGCUGUGACGUUUUUGGGAUGAAGAAAAGUGAUUUAUUUGAGGCUUUUGACCUCUUUGAUGUUCGAGACUUUGGAAAGGUUAUGGACACGCUUUCUAAGCUCUCUUACACGACAGUGGCUCAACAAGGAGGAUUCAAACCAUUUCCAAUGGAGGAGAGCCUUAAAGACGAGGGCAUCUACAACAACCUGGCAGACUUGAUUGAUGAGAAUGCUCUUGAGGAUGAGGAUGAGCUGUACGCGGCAGUCUAUGGGCUGGAAGAACAGUAUGCAGGAGGGGAGAUUUAUGAAGACCUCAUGAAGACGGAGCCGCAACUGACACUGAAGCAGGCAGAGGUGGAUGUGCGGAGCUGCUGUCUCUCAGAGAUCAAACAGACUGAAGAGCGAUACACAGAAACCCUGGAGUCCAUUGAGAAGUAUUUCCUGAAUCCACUGAAGAAAUUCUUCUCCGCAGCUGAAAUUGCUAAAAUCUUUGUCAACAUUCCUGACCUGGUUAAAGUUCACAAGAGCCUGAUGGUCGAUCUGCAGGAUUCCAUCCUGAACAGAAACGCCUUAAAUCUCUACCAAAUCUUUAUUGACUACAAAGACAGACUCCUCAUUUAUGGGAUAUACUGCAGUCAGGUGGAGAUCGCCAUCGCCGUCUUAGACCUCAUCUGCAAAGAGAAAGAGGACGUUCGUCUAAAACUAGAUGAGUGCUCCAAAAGGGCCAACAAUGGGAAGUUCACACUGAGGGAUCUGCUGGUUGUUCCGAUGCAGAGAGUUUUAAAAUACCACCUUCUUCUGCAGGAACUAGUCAAACACACCCAUGAUGCUGCUGAUAAGAACAACUUGAAGAUUGCUCUCGAUGCCAUGAAAGACCUCGCUCAGUACGUCAACGAAGUGAAGAGAGAUAACGAGACUCUGAGGGAGAUCGACCAGUACCAGAGGUCUAUUGAAAACCUGAACCAGCCACUUAUCACUUUCGGUCGACCAAAGGGAGACGGAGAGGUGCGCAUGGUUUCCAGUAUUGACAAGAAGAAACAAGACAGACAUAUCUUUUUAUUUGAUGUGGCAGCCAUUGUUUGCAAGCGAAGAGGAGACAACUAUGAGAUGAAGGACAUUUUGGACCUGAACCUCUUUAAGGUCACCAACAAUCCCACGUCUGACAGAGAAGUCAAGAAGUGGUGCUACGGGUUCUACGUGACGCACCAGCAGGGGCACACCGGCUUCGAACUUUUCUUUAAGACCAGAGAGCUGAAGAAGAAGUGGCUGGAUCAGUUUGAGAUGGCAAUAUCCAACAUCAGACCAGAAAAGGCCAAUCACAACUCCCACCAGUUCAAGAUGCACACGUUUGAAAGAAUCACAUCCUGUAGCUAUUGUCACCUCCUGCUCAGGGGCAUCUUUAACCAGGGUUAUCUCUGUCUAAAAUGUGGCCUGGGGGCUCAUAAGGAGUGUCUGGGUCGGCUCGGAGUCUGCGGGAGGACAGAUCCUGUCAAGCUGAGGCCCAAGGACAACACAACACCACAAGACUCAGGUUUACCAAAGAUGAUAGUGAUCAGAGACUACAGUGGUAUCCCCAACCCCCAGUGCGGGCCUCCGCUGAGCAUUCAUGCGGGAGAUGUCAUCGAGUUGAUGUUUGCUGACCUGCAAAGCUCCUGGUGGCAGGGCAAAGUCGUGGCGACAAGCAAGACUGGCUUCUUUCCAAGUGACGCUGUGAGGCCUUGCCCAUGUGUUCCAAAACCUGUCGAUUAUUCUGCACAGCUCUGGUUUGCAGGGCCAAUGGAGAGAUACCAAGCUGAGGUGGAGCUCCUGGACAGAGAAAACGGCACAUAUCUCGUUCGACACAGGAGUAAAGAGUGCAACGAAUAUGCCAUCAGUAUAAAGUUCAACGAUAAAGUCAAGCACAUUAAGAUUCUGACCAAGGAUGGGUGCUUUUACAUUGCGGAGAGUCGGCUGUUCAAGACUGUGCUGGACUUGGUGGAGUACUAUAAACAGCACUCUCUGAAGGAGGGUUUCAGCAGUCUUGACACCACUCUGCAGGUUCCCUACAGAGAACUGUCCAAUGGAAACAUGCCUAAGGCCAUUACCAAGGUUGGCAGUGUUCUUCCUGGCGGCUGCAGCUUUGUUCCUCCUUCCUUCUCGCCUUUCUGGUCAGUCUUUUCUCCCAGAGAGGUGGGUGUCGCAGUAGCACGUUAUGACUUCUGCGCCAGAGAUACACGGGAAAUCUCUUUACAGCAGGGAGACGUUAUCAGAAUCUACACCAAGAUGUCUAACGGGUGGUGGAAGGGAGAAAGUGACGGCAAGGUGGGCUGGUUUCCCUCAACUUACGUGGAUGAAGAGGACUAACUGUGCUGUCUAAAACUGACACAUCCAGUCGUGUUUAGAGAUAACCAACUCAAAUACAAGUCAAAGAACUCUACCUCUCUCUGUACCCUGAGUCACAUGAAACUCGGCUGAAACCCAGAGGACCAGACAGGAGAGGAGGUGGCAGUGCCCUUUAAAACCUUCUCCUGGCCUCUGGCAGACUCUCACAUGAGGGAGAGGAGCUUGUCACAACACAGACUCCAGAAGUGUCACGCCAUAUUUUACCCCACUGUGGUAUUGUCUGCCCUUUAGAUUCCAACUCAGCUUUCUGUUAUUAUUGAUGACUCCACUGGUUGGUGAAAAACCUGUCUCCACUGUCUUUGGGAUGGCCCAGUCAUCCACCUGAAGCUCAGAUCCUGCUGACUGUGCGCUGACCUGGUACGCCGCUAAAUCCAAGCGCCAAUGAGCUUCAACUAUAGCUGCAACACCAAAACUCUUUAGUUGUUUUUUUUUUUCUUUCUGAUUUUUAAAACUUGAGAAACUGGACAAAUAUAAAUCUUUA